UUAUAGUCUCAAAUGGUCUACUGACCCAUUUCCAAGACUAUUCCAGAAGAAAGUAAAACUAAACCAUGGGAAACGAUGGCGGAGUGAUCGCCGUGAAGCGCAAGUUCAUGCGCCACGCAAACGUCAAGGCGCGCGGAGAGAAGGCGGACCAAGAAGCACUACGUCUGGAGAAGGCACGUACCUGCGCUCUAUCCUCAGAGCCGCUGCGCGAACCUAUAGUGGCGUGUCGUUUGGGCAAUCUGUUCAACAAGCAGGAGCUGCUGGAGCGUUUACUGGCUAAAUCGAUGCCCGAGCGAUUCCGCCACAUCACGUCGCUUAAGGACGUCGUAGCGUGUCGUGUGACGCGCGAGAAGAAAGAGGAGGGUGCACUCUGGAGCUGCCCCGUCACAAUGGUCGAGUUUAACGGCAAGCAGGCGUUUGUAGUGCUCUUCUCGUGCGGCUGCGUACUUUCGGAACGUGCUCUUAAGGCCGUCAAUACCAAAGAGUGUCUGGUGUGUGGCAAAUCGUUUGGAGAGCAGGAUGUUGUGACGCUGCUGCUGGAUGACGAGCAAUACGAGACGAAGCAAGAGAAGCUGCUGGAGCUCAAGGCCGAAGAGAAACGCGCCAAGAAGAACAAGAAGAAGGCAAAGGAGGACAAAAUGCACGACAAAGGAAAGAAGAACAAAAGGAAGCUGGAGCAUUUGGGUGAGAUGAAGGAUGCGAGACUCUCCAAAAUCGUCAAGGACGCGAGUGAAUCCAUCUCGAAGGCCAAAGAGAAGAGCCAAGUGUUUGCGUCAAUCUUCUCCAAGGAGAAGAAAGAGAAGGCGAGUGCCAACGAUCUGCUCAUGACUAUCGGUGGUAUGCGUUACACGCUGUCGUAAAUCCUGAGUCUAGAUUCCUACAUAUUUAAUGCUUUGGAAAAGAUCAGCACGGUCCUUUAUUGAUCAACUUUGAGACCAGACUUUUGCCGAGCCAUCGAUGCAGCCAGUAACAAACAUGCUACUCUCAGGAUGACAUGCGAGUGCCCGAACGGGCUUGUUGUGCGCAACACAUGAGCGCUUGUGCGUUGCGUCCACGAGAUCCCACCAGUAGAUUUUUCCGUCCUCGGAGCCACUAAGCACGAAGGCUCCGUCACUUGAGAAUCCGCAUUCGAUUUUGUAAUCUUGCACGCUGUGGCCACGAUAGCUAGGACACGACGUAAGGAAUUAGUAAAUGAAAUUGGAGUAGUAGUACUAUUCAUGCGAUCGUACCUCUUGACUUCUGUACCGU